CGGAAGUAGAAUCUUCCUCUGCAACAGCUUUCCGUUCAAAUGGAAGUUUCUUUCUUGUGGGCUUCUUUCUGAAGACAUUUACAAGCGCCAGAAGGUCGCGACUCAUUGUUUCUGACUGUUUAGUUAUGUGAAUGAAAGCGGGACCAUGACUCAGGCUGAGAAAGAACAGGCCAACGGGAAAGAGAAAGAAAAGGAACGAGAGAAGGAGAAAGAGAAGGAGCAGCAACGCGGGGUGAAAAGACCAAUCGUUCCUCCGGCUAUUCCGGAGCCUCUACAGGAGCAAAUACAGAGCAGUUUUGUAGUUGUCAUUCACCCUGGUUCAAGGACACUGCGCAUUGGCCGAGCAACAGACACUCUUCCGGUGACUGUUCCGCAUGUGAUAGCACGCAGACACAAGCAAAGUGGACAGCCCAGAUAUGAAGACACCUGGUUGUUGAGAGAGGGUCUAAAUAAACCAGAAAGUAAUGAGCAGAAGCAGAAUGGGCUUAAAAUGGUCGACCAGGCCAUCUGGUCUAAGAAAAUGUCAAAUGGAGUGCGGAGGACUCCUGUGUCUGCUGAACAGGCCCGAGCCUAUAACUGUCAGAUACGUCCAGCAGUACUAGACAGCAGCUCAAGGGUGAAAUGGACUAACACAGCCCACCAUCCUCCUUACCUGGUGGGAGAGGAGGCUCUUUAUGUGAAUCCUUCUGACUGUUACAACAUCCACUGGCCUAUAGUCAGAGGUCAGCUCAAUGUGCACGCCGGCCCUGGGGGCUCUCUCACCGCCGUCCUGGCUGACCUAGAGACAAUCUGGAGUAAUGUCAUUCAAAAGCAUCUCGAGAUCCCCCUCAAAGAUUUGAAGUAUUACAGAUGCAUCUUAUUGGUCCCUGACAUCUACAAUAGGCAGCAUAUCAAGGAAGUGGUCAACAUGUUGCUGCUUAAUAUGGGUUUCUCAGCAAUCAUCGUUCACCAGGAGUCGGUUUGUGCUACAUUCGGUAGCGGGUUAAGCAGUGCUUGUGUUGUGGAUGUAGGAGACCAGAAGACCAGUCUGUGCUGUGUAGAGGAUGGAGUGUCCCACCGGAACUCCAGGUUGUGUUUGGGCUACGGAGGCUCAGAUGUGACGCGCACUUUCUUCUGGCUUCUGCAGAGGGCAGGCUUUCCGUACAGAGACUGUCAGCUGUCCAGCAGAUUGGACUGUCAGCUUCUGCAGCAUCUAAAAGAGACCUUCUGCCAUCUAGAUCAAGACAUAUCAGGAUUGCAAGAUCAUGAAUUCCAGACACGCUUCCCAGAAGCACCAGCUCUUCUCUACCAGGUUCGACUAGGGGAUGAGAAAUUACAGGCACCCAUGGGUCUUUUCUACCCGACCACAUUUGGCAUCGUAGGUCAGAAGAUGACAUCACUUCAGUGCCGUUCCCAAGGCGAUGCAGAGGAUCCUCAUGAUGAACACUACCUGCUUGCCACACAGAGCAAACAGGACCCGUCCUCAAAAUCUGCUGCAGACCGGAAAGCUAUUUGCAGACCAGGUGGAGGUUUGGAUGGUGAGAUGAGUGGUCAGGGAGGGAUGGGAGACCUCUCUGAAAUGCCCAGGGGCUGUGGGAGUGGCAACAGUGGAGGAGGGAUGCAGGGGGAGAUGGAUCUUGGACCCGUUCAAGGGGAGUGCCUGAUGGGGGCAGGAGAGGUGGAAGAACCUCUGUCUGCUCACCUCUCCAGGAAGACCGCCAUCAUGAGCCAGUUUGAGAGCAAAGCACUUGGACUGGAUAAGGCCAUCCUGCAUAGCAUCGACUGCUGUGCAUCAGAUGAAACCAAGCGAAAGAUGUACAGCUCCAUCCUGGUAGUGGGAGGAGGGCUCAUGUUUCACUGUGCUCAGGAAUUUCUGCUUCACCGCAUCAUCAACAAGAUGCCACCGUCCUUCAGAAGGCUGGUAGACAAUGUGGACGUUAUCACACGACCAAAGGACAUGGACCCUCGUCUGAUAUCUUGGAAGGGGGGAGCAGUUCUAGCAUGUCUGGACACCACCCAGGAGAUGUGGAUCCACCAGAGGGAGUGGCAGCGCUUUGGUGUCCGAAUGCUUCGUGAGAGAGCUGCCUUCGUUUGGUGACCAAGUUAAGACAAGCUCAAAAUGACUGAAUUUUUUAUAUCAGAUUUAUACUGUGGAUGAAGCAGUGCUUUGGAAUGAAAAUAGUUUUCCUCAUCAAAAAUGUAAUUUACUAUGACAGCUAUACAAACCUGACAGUCCCACAAUUAUGGCACUAACCAAUUUUUAAAUUCUGUUGGCUGUCUCGUAUCAAACAUCAAGAUGCAGCCAUUGCUGUGUAGCUUU